AUGGCUUUUCUACAUCCGCGAAGUUGUGAGUGCAUUAAAACAGAAUUGGAUUUAUUUGCUUUACCUUCAACACAAACCAGUAUCGAGAGUGGGCAAUGGAUCGAGUACAAAACAUUGUCAAGUAUUUCAGACGAUGCACCUUUAGAAUUUAUGAUCAGCAGCGGCGAUGAAUAUAUUGAUUUAUCCCAAACGUUGAUAUCGCUUACUGUGAAAAUAACUAAAGAGGAUGGUACAAAUCUACCCGACGACAUUAACAUUGCGCCCGUAAAUAAUAUUUUACACUCUAUGUUUAGUCAAGUCGAUGUUUACCUAAAUCAAAAACUAAUUUCGCCGCCUAACAAUACAUAUGCGUAUAAAUGUUACUUAGAAACACUUCUAAAUUACGGACCAGCAGCCAAAAAAUCACAUUUAACAUGUGGAUUAUGGUACAUCGAUACACCAGGAGAUAUGGACACGGCCGAUGGAAUAAAAAAUAUCGGCUUUAAAGCUAGGAAUCAUUUCACAAAGAAAAGUCAGCAAAUUGAUUUAAUUGGUCACUUAAAUUGUGAUAUAUUUAAUCAAGAAAAAUUUCUGAUCAACGGUGUCGAGCUACGUGUAAAGUUUGUAAGGUCUCGGAACAGUUUUGCUUUGAUUGGAGCUGAUGGUACUACGGGUAAAGUGAAUAUUGUGGAUGCAACACUGUUGGUAAGACGUAAUAAAAUAAAUCCAACUGUCAUGUUAGCUCAUGCCAGAGCUUUGGAGAUGACAACUGCCAAAUACCCUAUAACGAGAACCGAAAUAAAAGUUUUAACAAUACCGCAAGGGGUCCAAAGUAAAACACUUGACAACAUUUACUUGGGGCAGUUACCUAAACGAUGUACUGUAGCGUUCGUUUCCAAUAGAGCUUUUAAUGGGGACUUUACACUAAACCCCUUUAACUUUCAACAUUUUGAUAUGAAUUAUUUAUCGUUAUGUGUUGACGGUCAGCAAAUACCCAGCAAACCUUUACAACCCACCUUUAACGGACAUAGCAAGAAAUUUAUCAACAUGUAUCAUACGUUAUUUUCUGGUACCGGAAUUCAUUUUAUGAACGAGGGCAACGGACUUCGCAGAGAAGACUACCCCAACGGUUAUUGUAUCACUGUGUACGACCUAACACCCGAUCUAUCUGGAGCGUCACCAUUACAUUGGAAUCUGAUUAAAACCGGUAGCUUACGUUUAGAAGUACGAUUUAAUACUGCUUUAACGGAGACAAUCAACUGUUUAGUGUACGGCGAGUUUGAUAGCGUUAUAGAAAUUGACAAAAAGCGUAACAUCAUAAUCGACUACGGAAGUUAA